AUGAUGGCGACCGCUGCUGCGCGUGAUGCUGCUGCCCCGAGCAGCAGCAGCAGCAUUUCAACUGCAGCAGCAGCAGCAACAGCAGCAGCAGCAACAGCAGCAGAAGCAGCAACAACUGCUGCUGCUCCUCCACCACCAUCAGCAGCAGCAGCAGCAGGAGCAGGAGCUGCUGCUGCUGCUGCUGAUCCUGUUGUUUCCUUUCUGCUGCAGGAUGAUCAGCAGCUGCAGCAGCACAUCAGUCUCUGCGACGAGUUGCUGCUGCAGCUGCUGCUGAGCAGCAAACGGCAGCAGCAGCAGCAGCACAUAAAGGAAAAGCUGCUGCCGCAGCUGCAGCAGCUGCAGCAGCAGGCAGAAGCAGAAACAGCAAGACUGCAGCAGCAGCUGAGAGAAGCAGCAGCAACAGCAGCAGCAAUCAGCACACCUAUACAGCAGCUGCAGCAACAGCAGCAGCUGCUGCAGCAAGCAGCAGAAAUAGCCAGGCACAUCAACGCCAUACGAACACAACAAAAGCGUGCUGCUGCAGCUCUUGAAGAGGGGGAUUUGCUGCUGGCUGCUGCAUGCAUCAGCAGCUGCCUAUACACCCGAGAUGAGUUCGAACGAAUAGACCAGCAGUAUCAGCAGCAGCAGCAGCAGCAGCAGCAGCAACAGCAGCAGCAGCAGCAGCAGUCAGAAGCAGCAGCAGCACCUGAAAGCAUCUGCCGAGCUGAGGCCGGUGUGCUGCAGCAGCUGCAGCAGCAGCAGCAGCUGCUGCUGCAGCAGCUCAACAAACGCCUGGCUGCUGUAGCGCGCAGUCUAGUAGCAGCAGCGCUGCAGCAGCAGCAGCAGCAGCAGCAGCAGCAGAUGUCUCGUUUGGAUACGGGGGGCAGCACAGACAGCCCUGAGCAGCAGCAAGAGACAGAGCACCAAGACCAGCUGCAGCAGCAGCAGCAACAGCAGCAGCAGCAGCAGCAGCAGGAACUAUCUUUGCUGCUGCGCUGCUACUUUCUGCUGCGCAAGGGAGCAGCAGCAGUCCGAGGGUUUUGUCGUUUUGCUGCUGAAGGCCUCGCCGAUGACUGCUCCAGGCAUUUCAAGGUGUUGCUGCAGCCGCAGCAGCAGACAGGAUCAGGGAAGCCGCAUGCAGCGCUGCUGCAUCGACUCUUUAGCAACAUAUCCAAGGUUGCUGCUGUGCAGCAGGUGCUGCGAUCUGCUGUGCUGGCGGUGGCGGGGCACUAUGGAAAGGAGCUGAAUGGGGGGGGUGAUGAUGUCGAUGAUGCUGCUGCUGCUGCUGCUGCUGCAGCAGAGGCUGCUGCUGCUGCUGCAGCAGGAGCUCCAGCAGCAGCAGCAGCAGCAGCAUUCUUCCUAGCAGCAAUUUCGCAGGAGCUAGACCUGCAGGGCCAGCAGCAGCAGCAGCAGCAGCAACAGCAGCAGCAGCAGCAGCAGCAGCAGCAGCAGAAGCAACAACCCCAGCAGCACCAGCAGCAGCAGCAGCAGCGAGUGGAACUAGUUGAGCUGCUGCAGCGGGGCCCCCCUAAUGUGCCGCUGCAGCAAGAAGGUGGAGGCUCGGUUGGAGGAGUUCGUCAGGUGGAGCACCCGGCUCUGAUGCAGCGGCGAGAACCUGCAGAUGCCGCAGCAAGCAGCAGCAGCAGCAGCAGCAGCAGCAGCAGCAGCAGCAGCAGCAGCAAGAGUAGCAGCAGCAAUCGGCUGCGGAAUGAGAGUAACGCUGUGGCUGAAAUGCUGACGCAGCAGCAGGUUCGUCAGGUGGAGCACCCGGCUCUGAUGCAGCGGCGAGAAGAACUGGUGGCGGAAUAUAUCGCCCUUGAGCAUGCGCUCAUGCUCUGGGCCGUUCGUGAGGCGUUAGAGGUACAGGAUGAGCUGCCGUUUGCUGCUGCUGUGUCAGCAGCAGCAGCAGCAGCAGCACCGGCUGCAGCAGCAGCAGCAACACGACGCCCAGGCGACGUGUUGCUAGGGAACGCAGAAGCAGCAGCAGCGCAGCAGCAGCGCGUAGCAGCACUAGCAGCAGCAGAAGCAGAAGCAAUAAGGGGGGGCCACGGCCUAUACAGCACAAUGGCCGAGGACCUCUUCUUUGUUCUUCAGGCUUCAGUAUCCAGAGCUCUCAGGUCUGGCGACAGCCUGGCGUUGUGUGGAUUAGUGAAUCACUCCUACUACUACUUAGGUCUGGCGACAGCCUGGCGUUGUGUGGAUUAG